UCGGCCAGGCGACCCCAUAUAUAUAAUAGUCCUCGCACAAGAGCACAUCUUUCGAGCACUCUUCAGAAACAUUCUUUCGGAAACUCCGCUGAAAGGCAAGCAAUCACCAGAUAGUUUUUACAAGCAUAUGUUGCACCGUUUAAUCGAUGGAUCGUCUUACAUUUUCCCAGAAAGGGUCUAAAGGGAUCACACACUUCAAACAUGGACAGGAAUAAUGUUAUACCCGGCGGAUCUGAGUCAGACUCGCCACCUUGAGUCUGCACACGAAUCCCGUACCUGUCUCAAUAGGAAAGGAUGAUGCCACACAAGAUCGCACAAGCACUUCUGCGGAAACAAGCCUAAUUCCGAAGGUCAUAAUCGAUCCAUCAUGCGUAGUGGGAGUGGUAAGUGACCUGUAUUUCCUGUAACUCCGAGCAUCAGUCUAUGCGGUCACGAUUCUGACUUUUCAAGACUCCCUCGUGAGACAUGGCCAAGAAAGCAAUCGAAGAGGUUGAGAGGGAGUUUCCAGAUGACUUACCCUACAUCAUCACGUACGAGAAAAAAUAUCUAGAAAUUAAAUGUCAAGAAUGCAACGGCAGUCUCAGACUCGUGGGUGCAAAUAUCGCACAUGUCAGGGAACAUGCGUUUAGCAUCUUUCAUGGUGUCAAGGUAAACGAAGGCUGGAAUCGAAAGGCCUCAAGGAGGUCUUAGCUGGCGAGGUCGAGGUCCGGAAUGAUAACAUAAACAAAUCGGUAGUACCAAUCCCCGGGGUGGAAGCCCGGCAUCAGCGUAACUUACUGAAACAACAGCAAAAGGAGUUCUCACAACAAAACUUGUCGAAAGAUGGACCACUGGAAUCACUUGACGAUUUAGAUAGUGAGCGACAACCAUCGAAGCGCCAACGUCUCUCACCUGCUCUCCCAGUGGAAAAUCAUGAUCCUCAGUCUAGAAACAACCAAAUAGCUAUAUCAGUGGCUCAAGCGUCCAAACAAAGCGAAGUAUCUCCUGUUGUAUCUGAGACCUCUCUCCAUGAGGCUAUGGCCAGGUUAGCGAAUGUGGAAGGCAAGCUGGAGGAACAGAAGAACAUCAAUGAUAAUCUGGCCAACCUUCUGUUGAAUUUGGAGGCCAAGCUGGAGGGACAGAACGAAGUCACCGAGAAAUUGACACAAGUGUCCGCGAAUAUCGAAAACGAACUGAGGGUAGUCAAAACAGAGACUGAGGAUUUGGCGACAUGGUUAAGAAAUUCCGGGGGCUUGAUGGACGUGCACGGUGCCACUGAACUGCAACACCACAAGAGACAAAUCGAAAAUCUCGAACAGACAAUAUCCACAUAUCGUUCUGAUUUUAAUCAAUCCAUAGAAAUUCGAAGAAGUCAAAUUCGAGCCGCUGGGGACCGAAUUAUUCUAUCAGAUGCGUUCGCACAUGCGCUCAAAAGAGACUUAGACAAUUUAGCUCAUAGCACCACAAAUGGAAGAGCUAAUCAUGCUACAAAAUUAUACGAGAAGCUGAAAGAUUUUACUAGCCGAGUCAAGGAGCAGCACUUAUCACAACAUACAUUAGUUAUGAAAGCGGUCGAACAAAAGAUGUGUUCAAUCGAACCGAUUGUCAAAAGAGUUGAAAACAUGGAGAAGGGCCUUCAAGGAUCUCAAUCUCCCAAUUGCGAGAAGCAAUUUGCAGACUUGACGGUUCUUACUACAAACCUCGAUCAGAAGCUAGUAGAAUACGAUAAUAGAUAUGAGUCUCUAUCUCUCCAACAUUUGGAUACAUUUAGAAGCAUAAUAACUGCUUCUGCAUUCCUUCGAAAACGAGUUGCUACUUUGGAGAAUACACAGCUAUCAAAUAUGGCUAGCCAAGAAGCCAAGUUUGCAAGCUCAGGUGAACAAAGUGGUCCUAGCGACCACGAGAUUGACGUUUUUGGAACAUUUAAUGGAGUGAUGGAGCUGCGUGUGGCGAGCCUGGAGAGAAAUGAUAAGUAUUGUGAGAUAAUAGAGAUGAUGACGCGUGUCGCAGCUUUAAAAAGGUACAAUCGGAAACAAGAUUGGAAAAUUAUUGACUUGGAAAUGGCGAAUGAAAGGCUACAAAGACAAGUGGAAAUUUUGUUGCCACCCAUUGUAUGAGUAGCUGCGGGGUGCUGAAGGUCUGCGUUUCUAAUGUGCCUGUUCCUUGUCUUCUUUUACUUCCAGGCGUCCUGUUUGGGGAGCCAGCCAUGCCAGAAAUGACACUAUAUCAUCUCCUCUUCGAAUUGAUAUAUGACAAGUAUAGACAGAUACGAAUGCCAGCUUUCACUGUUUUGAGCUUGAAUUGGUCACAAUGCCACGAUCACUAUGUGAAAUGUGCCCGCUUGUUCUGAUAUAUACAUUCGGUUCAAGAUUCCUACCGGGGGCGCGAAUCGACGAUUAUUUAAGUAAGUAAAUUCUUACGAAGUAAGAUGUGGGAUUUUGCAUGCAAAGACUGCUUUGGACGCAUUGAAAUCUCUUCAGACGCAUCAGAACGUAUUGGUAUGAUAGGCCAUGCAUAAAAGUUUUAUAUGCAUGAGUCUGGUCGACGCCGGCUUCGGCGGGAACCUGAACCUAUUAGCUAGGAAAUGCAUGCUUCGUAGCUUGUGCUUACACUGAACUCUUUCGCGCUCUUUCCGAGUCAGUCCUUUCAGCGUACUGGUCUGCAAUUGGGUAUAAAAUCGCUUCACUUCAUCCCCUUUGAAGUUGCUAUCUCACUCUGCCAUCUCGUCAUAACCCCCUCGUAUUUUCUUUAA